CACAGUUUUUAAAUUGGGGUUCGGUCCAAUAUGGCGGCAGACGGAUGGAAAUACUGAUGACAGUCCGAAAGAUCGCCUCGAUUUGUACGAUGGGCGCCAAUGCCUCAGCCUUGGAGAAGGAGAUUGGACCAGAACAGUUCCCUGUAAAUGAACACUACUUUGGGUUGGUCAAUUUUGGCAACACCUGCUAUUGUAACUCGGUGCUUCAGGCUCUGUACUUCUGCCGGCCCUUCCGGGAGAAAGUGCUGGCCUACAAGGUCCAGCCACGACGUAAAGAGAGCCUGCUCACGUGUCUGGCCGACCUGUUUAACAGCAUUGCCACGCAGAAGAAGAAGGUUGGGGUCAUCCCGCCGAAGAAGUUCAUCUCCCGUCUGAGGAAGGAAAACGAGCUGUUCGACAACUACAUGCAGCAAGAUGCUCAUGAGUUUCUCAACUACCUGCUCAACACCAUCGCUGACCUGCUACAGGAGGAGAAGAGCCAGGAGAGACAGCAGAAUGGGAAGCUGGUGCAGAAUGGAGGGGGUGGGGGAAGUGUGAGCAGCACAGGCGAGGCAGAACACGACGAGAAGACCCAGCAGACAUGGGUGCAUGAGAUCUUCCAGGGCACACUCACCAAUGAGACGCGCUGCCUCAAUUGUGAAGCGGUGAGCAGUAAGGACGAGGACUUUCUGGACCUCUCUGUGGAUGUGGAGCAGAACACCUCUAUCACACACUGUCUCAGGGGCUUCAGUAACACAGAGACCUUAUGUAGUGAAUACAAGUACUACUGUGAACAGUGUCGGAGUAAGCAGGAGGCACAGAAAAGGAUGCGGGUGAAGAAAUUGCCCAUGAUCCUUGCCCUGCACCUUAAGCGUUUUAAGUACAUGGACCAGCUGCAUCGCUACACCAAGCUGUCCUACCGCGUGGUCUUCCCUCUGGAACUGAGGCUCUUCAACACGUCUGGGGACGCCACCAACCCCGACCGCAUGUACGAUCUCGUGUCUGUGGUUGUGCACUGUGGGAGUGGUCCAAAUCGUGGCCAUUACAUCACUAUAGUGAAGAGUCAUGGCUUCUGGCUUCUGUUUGAUGAUGACAUUGUAGAGAAAAUUGAUGCCCAGGCAAUAGAGGAAUUCUACGGGCUGACAUCUGACAUUUCCAAAAACUCGGAGUCAGGGUACAUCCUCUUUUACCAGUCCAGAGACUGAGCCAGUGGGAAUGUGAGAAUGGGACUGCAUGACUUUGUGAAAGUCAGGGUAAGGGAGAAGGCAGGGCUUGGGCAAUGUCAGCAUGCUCCGCCCCCAUCUCAGACCCUCUCAGUCAAGCCCCAAAGUCAUUCUGGCUUAUCAGCGAGGCUUUGCACUGGAGCACCAAGUAAACAGAAGACAGGAGCAGCCGAUGAGAGAGCGCCCUGGACAUGGCAGAGCCAUCUCCAGACAGAAGACUGGAAAUCCUCCAUCUCCGCACUCCCCUGCUUUGUGUUGUUGAGUUACAUGCACACAUUCUCCAUCAGUCACAGCUAAGGAGUCACAAAGAACCUCGGAGAGCAUAAAGAUGGACACAUUUGUAUCAGUGUCACUUUUAGUCAUAACAGGAUGACCUGAUCGAAAACAGUGGUGCAGGGAGUUAUUGGAUUCAUUUUUGUUCUGCAUGACACCUUGUAUUAAGUUUUGUCAUGGCAGUGUGGACUACUGUGAAGGUUAAAGGGUUUGGCACAGCACAUGGUGUGAUGAAGAGAUGGUCAUGCCUGUAAAUGCCGAGUAUUCAAGGCUGGGAUUGGGAAGCUCUGCCUUACUAGACUUUGAUUUGCAAUGUAAAACAUCUCACAUUAUUUGCCUACUGGACCACCAGCUAUUUACAAUCAAGUCUUGUAAUUAUCAUAUUAGAUGUGGCAGUAAAACAGUGUAUCUCUGCUCCAUCUCUGCAACUUUAGUUAGUUCUAGUUACACUGAUAUGACUAGCCAACCCCCCCUUUUGUUGUUGUUGUUGUUUCUCCAUGGGAAGGAGGGAUCAUUUACAUGGAUGUGUUUUAAGAAGGAAGUCUGCAGGUUGGAGUGACAUCUGCUUGGUAGAGCAGAGAGAAUUGUGGUUAAUGAUGUGGCCAUUUAAUGUGUGAAUGAGGUUAGUUUGGCAUUUUGGGACUGGUUAAGUAUAAGGAGACUCUUAACAUUCUGAUGUUUAUGAGUACAAAGUCUGAGUGCUGUGCGUUGACUAUUGAAGUGCACACUUGAUGGCAUACAAAUCAUUAUGGACUGUAGCGUGCACAUUACAGAUUGCAACGAGACAUUUAGAUUUAGUGUGUUAUUUUUUUGCUCACAGUCCACUGUUUUGCUACCAAAAAUUGGAUAAAAUAUCACUGCUAGAUUAGUGUAUUCUAUUGCUGACUAGUUGAUUGUUAACUGAAGGUUUGUUUUACAACAAGGUAUCAAGACUUCAUUUAGAGACUCAGGUAAUUUUGGUUUUGAAUGAGUAGCUACUAUCCUAUACUCAUUAUCUCAAAGCAAGGGCUCUUUUCUCCUUGACUUCUUGCUUAGUAACUAUUUAACUAGAUAUAAAUGGAAAAAAGAAGUGAAGCACAGCAUUGGAGUCUGUCUUGUUUGCUCCUUGUGACCAGGGACCUGUUCACUAGCAUCAGAUCGGGGUUCUCAGCAGGAAGCAGACUAGCUUAGUGGGUCAUUAGAACAGCUUAGCAAUGCCCAGAGGCUGGCCAUGUAUAAAUUUUGCAAAUUCGUUGUAGCGCAAGGAAUUCCAUAAUCAUACGAGGGCGUGAUCUCUGCUCUACUAAACCCACAACAGCCCUUUGCGGCCACCAGUUAUUAAGACAGAGAUCAUUGUAGCAUAGAUAUUUGUACGUCUUAAGUGGUGUCCCAUGUUAUUUGGUUGGUUGUCUGUUUGGUUGGUGGGUUUUUUUUUGGUUUUUUUUGUUGGUUUUGUUUCAGUUGACUGCCUGAACUGCUGGUAAGCUUACUUGGUCCCUGGUAUUACAGGGGCCUCUGUGGUGAGUGUUGUCCCUGGUAUUACGGGGGUCUCUAUGGUGAGUGUCGUCUUUCUCGGCACUUGGUCCAUAACUUGUUCACAGAUGCUAAAGAUUUUCAAGCCCUAUGAGCCACCCUGUGGCUAUGAAAAUCUCCCUACAGAAACAGAACACCCUAACCUCCAAGAUGGUAAGUCUUCUGUUGUAAUUCAUCCACCAAAUAAGAAAGGUGACAGAACUUUCAUAACAAACUGGUAUUGUAAGAGCAUGUAAUGUUUGGCUUUAGUGGGCUAUUGUGACCUUUUCUCCAUGCAUUAAAAUGAGCUCAACUUGUCCAUGUUUAGUUGGGCACACAACAGGAAAAUUUAUUGACUGUUCAUGUUGGUCUUGCCUUUUUUCAUUUGACACUUUUAUUUUGGAAUAUGCAUCUGUGAAGAUUCUGAACUGACUGCUGCUGUUUAAAGUCCACAUCUCAUAGCUCCUGUAAAACAUGUAUUCGGUAAUGACUUAUGCAUGGUAUUACAGCUGUUAUAAACCUCGUAUGAAUGUUAUAAACAGGAAACAGCAGUAGCAAGUGUAACAAUUCAGUGAUAAUACAAGCUUUUUGAUUGACCACUUAUGCUGCAUCUCACCUUAAGGUAUGUUAAGAAUGGACCUAUUGUGAGAUGUCACCAGUGUUUAUAACACUUUGUACUUCCAUAACAGUCAUAACCACACUAUUAUCGUCAUUAUCAUUCAAACUGCUAGUGUGCUUUAACUGGAUUUUAGAUUCUAAUGGUCAACAAAGGAGUAGGAGGGGGAGGAUGCUGAAAUUGGAUGCUGUUUGUCUCCUUUUGUGUGUGUUCUGUUUCAUAAUUUAUGUAAAAUUAUUACCUUUAUUGUUAUUUUUCCCUAGACGUUCACGGUUCUAUAGAUUUUUUUGUUCAGUUUUCAUUCAUUUAAACAUACCAGCAGUGGUACUGUGGUGAUAUUACUUGGGCUGAUUGUUGCUACAGAAAUGUGCAACUGGCAAUGGAGUAUGAGUCAGCAUAUACCAGAUAUACCCUAAGCUACAUCACAAGGGUAAUUUUAUUGCUUGACACCUAAUGCACUGAUCAUUAGAACUGAAUAUUAGCUAGAAUUAGCAUUAGCAAGCUAAAUUGCUUUAUGGCAAAUGUGGUUAGGUGUGAUGGUGCCUAAUGCUAAAUCAUGCUAACAUUCAUUCUACUAUUGUGUGUGAAGUUUUGUGAGCUCCCCCCAUGCCCCCCAACCACUAUCUGUUGUAUAAAGUGACAGCAUUGAGUCUAUGUUGGUUUUUAAAAAGUGCACUUUUGACAAACAAUGUACAGAUUGUAAGAGGUAGAGAGGCCUUGGGAUGAAGUAUAUGGAAUGUAUGAAAGAAGGGGCAUGUUCAAUCUGUCCCCAAUAAAGACAAAAUCAAAAAGA